GAGAGAGAGAGUGAGACGUCGACCCGUCUCGCGCCUCCUCUCGCGUUUUCAGUUCUCCGACCGAACACACGACGGCGACUCGCCAAAACCACGCGAGACUCAGGUCGAAGCGACCAAGGAAUCGUGUCCGUGGCGUCGCGACGCCGUUGUCGGCAACUCAAAGCCGAAAAUCCACACGAAAAGACGCUUCCGAGACAAUACCUCGUGAUACGGGGGUGAAGGAAGGUUACGAGCACGCGGCGGAGCAACAGUGUUCGGCAACCUUCCUCUGGACUGCGUCGGCCGGAGACAGUGCAGGGGAUGAACCGAGUGUCACCGUCGACCGACCGACCGACCGACCGACUGAUCGAGGGUCGGAAAGCCAGCGAGAGGUCAGCGAGAGGGCAUCGUAUCUCUGCGAUUCGGUCUACCGACCCGCAGAAGGCGUGGUGGGUCGUUUGCGCGCGUUCAUCCGACUGCACCAAGAUAGCACAGUUACGGAACCACGUGAAACAUGGGACUGACAGUGAGAUGUGAAUCCAAGUAUCAGUAGAGACAGGUGCGUGACCGGGUAAAGUGAUAAGAUCGAGAAAGAGAGAAACGUCAUUUAUUCCACCUCUGGAUUAUUAUGCACCUCUGUCAAAUUGGCACUCCUCCGCUACUGAAAAUCGGAAUAAGAUAUACAUCAAAACUAAAUUCUAAUUUAGUGCUCCAUUUCUGAUUCUAGUGAUAUAUUAUCAUGCAUUGCCUAAAAACCUUGACCGAUCUCUCGAUAAUCUUCUCCGCAGUGGUGAUCUGAUCGUCAUGCUCAUCUGUCGGUGACUCGGGAAGCGUGGACGGAGGAUUUUCCGUAGCUCGACGUGGCUGUAUGAGCCGAAGGGAGUCUCGAGAGAAAUCGCGACAAACGACGGUGGUUGGGCAUGGUCGCGGAGGAUGAGGAAGAAGUACAAAAAUAGCUGUCCCCGUGGUUGACCAGAGAUGCACAGCUGACCAGCCACGUCAGAGAGGAAGAGAGCGAGAGAGAGAGAGAGAGAGAGAGAGAGAGAGAGAGAGAGGGAGAGAGAGUGUGUGAGAGAAAGCGAGAAAGAAAGGGAAAGAAAGAGUGAGAUAAGGAAAGAGGGAGCGAGUGCCGGACGUUCGAUUAGCGCUGGUGAGCGCCGCGACUCGCGUCGAGACGCGACCGGACGAAGAAUCGAUCCGAUCGCGGCAUUCCGCAUAAACUCGACUGCAUACACACCACGUGCCUUUAUCGUUGUAUCCGUUGGGCGCGCCUGUCAUAUUUUGGAGAUCGCGACGCCUUCUUCCCUUCGCACACGGCUAUCGACUUGAAAUCGAGCGAAACCGAGCCGUCCCCUUGUCGACUUGUCGAAGAUUCCCUUGUUCGAGCACGAGCGAUUGAACUAACGUCGUGGAGAUGUCCGAGCCAUGCGCCUCUCCGAAGUUACCGCAUUCCACGACCUCGGUUGCCGCGAAGCCUGACCCCGAUCCCACGAGGUCGAACGAAGUUGGCGAAUAUUACGUAGGAGUGCCUGUGGUCAGAAACGUCAACUCCCGGAGGAUCGAAGCCUCGAGGCUGUUGACCCUCAUCGCGACGCCACCGCUUUGGUGUUACUCGAUCGUAUCAAAGCGCACGGUCACAAAUUAAAACGUGCGAGAUAAAUCGGCGCGCGUCCUGUCCUGGUUUCAUGGUGACGAACGGCGAUCGAAGCAAUAUGAGACGUUGCCGACGAGAGAGGACGACAAGUCGCUUCGAAGACGGACGCUGCUGGCGAGUGACCGACGACGCAUUGUCGUAGCUUCUUCUAAAUCGAUCGAGAUUGCGCGGGAGAUUCGCGAGAAACUACUACUGCUCGAGAAAUCGCCAGCCACCGAUUCUGAAAACCAUAGGUCAAUCUGUAAUAUCUUCGCUAUAAAUACGCGUUUCCUCACAUACGCACGUCGAAAGUGACAACACGUGCACGUGCGAAACAUCGCAUGCCGGCUGUUCGACCGCAAGUGGGACCGACCUUCCCCGCGUCCUUGGCUCGACGGCUAGGCAGGAGGAACUCCGUCGUGACGCCCCGCGCCGACGAUCUUAGACGUAUAUCUAGAUAGACGAAAACUCCGGGUCCAAACAUACGUCGUCAAAUAGGAGACGACGUCCAAGUCACUCGCGUGCAGCGAACGCGCGAAAACGCAACCGUGCUCUCUGACAGUCCAUUCGGGAUAUCGAUAUUACUGCUUUGACCGUAUAGGUCUCUUUAAUUGGAAACCUGGGGCUACAUAUAAGAAAGAAGAAAAGGGGAUCGCGAUACCGCGAGAACGAGCGAGACUAAAAACAACGACUGCAUCCUGGUGGACUAAUUCCUGUAACGCGUGAGAUAGACACGGAAUAGAAGCACCUGGACGAAGAUUCUUUUUCCUCCUUUAGCCCUGCUAAACCCUUUCGUAUCUAUUAAGAAGCGGACGAAGGAAGUAAAACGGAUACAUCGCUGAUCCGCGUGUUGUUCGAUCGCAGCAACGAAUCUUUCUUCUUCUUCGUGAGAAAAAGUCGCGUUACGUUACUCUACAUUAUUCUGUCUUAUACGGCUGAUCGCUAUGCUCAACUCGUGCUGUGCUUUUUUCUACCGUGCUCGUGCAUUCUACGUCGCGAGUGUUUUCCUAGUGCUUUAGUGUUACUUCGCGAUAUAUUAAUUGAGAGGGAUCGGGCCCGGUGCGCCCCAUCACACGCUUCAACGCGGAAGUCUCGGCUGCCCAGGUAUCUGGGAAUCCUGUUCCUGAGAUGCCUGUUAGACGGGGUCACGUGGCGCCCAGAACUACGAUCAUCGAAACUAUUAUCAGGAAGUUUGAUACGCACGAUCGAAGCUUUUUAGUAGCGAAUGCGCAGCAAGGACUAUGCCACAUUAUCUAUUGCUCGGACGGAUUCUGUCGGCUGACGGGCUUCUCAAGGGCCGAGGUGAUGCAGCGACCAGCAGUCUGCGACUUCCUCCAUGGACCAAUGACAUCACCGCAUGCGGUUGCAGCCCUACGAGACGCCCUUGCUGCUGGCGUCGAAAAGCACUUCGAGAUUCUUUACUACAGAAAGGACGGAACCAAGUUCCUUUGCAGCGAGGUGAUAGCGCUAAUAAAGAGCGAAGUGGACGACAUUUGCCUGCAAAUCAUAAACUUCGAGGAUCUGAGCUCACAACCGCCGCCGCAGGCCGCGAUCCCACCGCCGAGUCAGGCCAACAACAGACUCGCAACACGCUGUAUGUUCCAAUUUUAUUCGUUCUACUUCGACUCGUCUCAAUGCACGCGCGUGCUCAAAUUUUCGUACGAAAAUUCACCGUAACAUUCACGACAGUGGACUUCGAAAUUCGAUAGCACGUCCGAUAUUUCACGAGAAGUUUCGCUGUGCUCAAUUGCUGUUAAUAAAUAUAGUGGAUAAACUCGAGA